GUGCGCACUUUACAAUCACCUCUUGUGCGCUUGUGUCCCAACAGCGCAUCAGUGGAGCGCACGACUCUGCAGCAGCCACACGCUCGAGAGCAGCGCAACACGUAGGACUUGACCAAAGCGGAUCUUUAUUUGCGUAUCUCGUCGCUUUCUUUCAGAAGUGGUUCGAGUUACAGUCACAAUGAGGGCUGCUUCUGCGUCUCAUUCGGUUUUGGGGAUGAUCCGCCUGGCUCUGACCAUAGCGAUGCUGACAGCAUGUGGAGCCUCCGAGUACGAGUAUCUGAGCUGGAAGUCGUCGGACUCGUACAACGGCGGGCGCAGCUACGGGAAGCCCCCGCAGUGCGUGGACAUCCCGGACGACCUGCGAUUGUGCCACAACGUUGGCUACAGUCAGAUGUUGUUGCCUAACCUGCUGGAGCACGAGACCAUGGCCGAGGUGAAACAACAGGCCAGCAGCUGGGUUCCCUUGGUGCUCAAGAACUGCCACCCGGGCACCCAGGUAUUCCUCUGCUCGCUCUUUGCGCCCGUGUGCCUGGAGCGGCCCAUCUACCCGUGCAGAUGGCUCUGUGAGGCCGUGCGGGAUGGCUGCACCCCCAUCAUGGAGGCGUUCGGCUUCCCCUGGCCGGAGAUGCUCACCUGCGACAAAUACCCUCAAGACGACGUGUGCAUCGCCAUGACUCAACCCAACGCCACCGAAUCCACAAAGCAGACAGGUUAUUCUCCCAUUUGUCCUCCUUGUGACAAUGAAAUGAAAACAGAUGCCAUGCUGGAGCACAUGUGUGCCAGCGAAUUUGCUUUUAAGACCAAGAUCAAAGAGGUGAAGCGAGAAAAUAUGGACCGUAAGGUGAUCUUUCAGAAACGGAAGAAGAUGCUGAAAUCUGGCACUCUGUCGAAGAAGGACAUGAAGAAGCUUGUGAUGUACUUGAAGAAUGGUGCGGACUGCCCGUGCCAGCAGCUGGACAAUCUGGGGAACCAGUAUCUUAUCAUGGGCCGCAAGGUUGACAAGCUGUUCCUGCUCACGGGCAUCCACAAGUGGGACAAGUCCAGCAAAGAGUUCAAAAAGGCCAUCAAGAAACUCAAGACCCACAAAUGUCCUGCCUUUGAAAAUGUCUUCAAAUAAGAUGACCUCCCUCUAAUUGGUCACAUCUCCUUCUUCAUAUGAACUUGCACAAGCGUUAAACUCCAAAACAUGCCUUUUUUUUUUGUCUUGUUUAUACUGAUAUAUCUUUCUGUUUACAUAUAUUAUUUGAAAUGUCCCAGUUUUUGAGUGAGUGACAUCACAAAUAGAAGAGAUACAUUUAUUUCUUUAGUUGAGUUAGCUCGACUCUCCUAUAUCCCAAAUUUCCACAACGUAUAUGUAGCUGCAUCUUCAAAUGUUACUUGAAGGUAACGGAACAUUUUUUACAAGAUUCAUUCAAUUAGUUCUGUCUGAAUUUUAGUAAAGAGAAUGAUAUCAUCGUUAUGAUUAUGUAAGGAUCAAGCUCGCUUGUUUGUUUCUACAUUCUUUUUUUUAUGAGACCUUGUUUCUACAUUCUUUUUUUUUAUGAGACCUGGACCACAAAAAGGCGGCCACUUUUGUUAUUUCCUUCAAAAUUAAAUGAGUAAUAUUGUCAAUAUUUUCAGUUGUAACAAUUCAGAGCUCAUCAUGUUUUUGAAAGAAUAAGUGAACAAUGAUUGAUGUCAUAAGAUGCUAAAGACUUAGCUUGUUGUCAUUGUCAAGCUUAUUGUAAUCUCUCACAAAAAUCUAUAUUCCAAUCACGUUAUGGCAAUAUCAUCAUGCAAUCUUGACCAAAAUGUAUGUGCGUCUUGCGUCACUGGUUUUCAGUAACCAUUAUUAAGUUGAAAUGAAAUUAUUUGCAGUUUGAUUUUUUUUUCUCACAAGAACAAGUGUUAACCAUUGUCCAGUGUUUUGCUUGAUAUUGCUAGCCUGUUUUAGCACUAUUUUGUGUGCAUUAUUAGUACGUGUACAUACAAAUUUUACAUAAAUACGUAAAACACCAA